AUGGGGAUCUGCCUGAGCUGCGAGGGGGGGGUGGUGCCACGGGCGUCGGAGCUGGGGCUGCCACGCAACUUCACGGUGCUCAAGGAGCUGGGCGCCGGCGGGGAGGGCAGGACGUACCUGAUUCGGGAACGCUUGGAGAACGGGAGGUCGGAGCUGUUCGCCGCGAAGGUGGCUGCUCGCGGACCGGGACUGGACGUGAACUGUUUGCUUCAGGGGAUCCGGAAUCAGUGUGCACUCAGUCACGUGAACAUUGUUCGACUCCUCGAGGUGAUCCUCACGCACAGUCACGUGAUAAUCAAGCUGGAGUAUGCUCGAGGAGGCGAGCUGUCUGGUGGGUGCAGUGUGCAGUGGCGCGUCCUGCUGGUUGCGCGGUGCACACCUGCCACUGCAUGUCCUGUACUGCUGCUGUGGCUGGUGUGGCGCGUGGGACACGCGCUGCCUUGA